GCCGCUUCCCCGCACAGCCGCAGUCCACGGCGAUGCGCCGUAGAGCCGCUCCGCGCUCUUUUCUUCUUCUUCUUCUUCUCAUUCUUCUUCCAUCGUGCCCCCUCCCCGAGCUGCGUCUCUGUCCGCCGGCGCUGCACCGUCCUUAUCAGUAACAUGGAAAUACGAGGCUGCUGUUCUUCCAUCUAGACGGGAAGUGUCACCUCACAGAGUCAAGACGGGGGGCACAAUGAGUGAAGAGCCACCGGUCACCCCCAGCUGGCUGACCCCUGACCCCACAGCGUGGGCCAGUGGAGGCGGGGGACCGAUGGACAACAGCACCAGCCUGGGGAUGUUUCCACCGGACAACUCCCUGCAGCCCAGCCAGCUGCCUCUGCUGGUCAACCCCUGGGACAUUGUGCUGUGCUCAUCGGGGACUCUGAUAGCCUGCGAGAAUGCCCUGGUGGUGCUGGUGAUCUGGCAGAACCCGGCGCUCAGAGCCCCCAUGUUUCUGCUGAUCGGCAGCCUGGCGCUGGCCGACCUCCUGGCUGGCCUGGGCCUCGUGCUUCACUUCACCUGUGCCUACUUGCUUCGCUCUGACUCGGCCCAGCUGCUGACGGUGGGCUUGGUGGUGGCCUCCUUUUCCGCGUCCGUCUUCAGCUUGCUGGCCAUCACCAUCGACCGCUACCUGUCGCUGUACUACGCCCUCACCUACAACUCGGAGCGGACAGCGGCCUUCACCUACACCAUGCUGGUGCUUCUGUGGGGCCUCUCCCUGUGUCUGGGCCUGCUGCCAGUCACGGGGGUCAACUGCCUGGCGGAGGAGGCCACGUGCAGCGUGGUGCGGCCACUGACGAAGAACAACAUCGCCGUGCUGUCCGUCUCCUUCCUGCUGCUCUUUGGCCUCAUGCUGCAACUCUACGUCCAGAUCUGCAAGAUCGUGAUGCGCCACGCUCACCAGAUCGCCCUCCAGCACCACUUCCUGGCUGCCACGCCCCACUACGUCACAACGCGGAAGGGCGUGUCGACGCUGGCCAUCAUCCUGGGCACCUUCGCCGCCUGCUGGAUGCCAUUCACUGUCUACUCUCUCAUUGCCGACUACACCUACCCUCCACUCUACACCUACGCCACGCUGGUGCCUGCCACCUACAACUCGGUCAUCAACCCGGUCAUCUACGCCUUCAGGAACCAGGAGAUCCAGAAGGCGCUGUGGCUGGUGUGCUGCGGCUGUGUUCCCGCCAGCGUGGCCCAGCGUGCACGGACCCCCAGCGACGUCUGACCUAGCAGACCCAGGUGGGAAGAGAGAGGCGACCUGGGUCAGCUGUGCUCCUCACUGGAUGUGUCCGGUGUGAAACAGAGCAGCAGCAGAGGAGGUCAGGGGAAGUGGCGGAGGGCUGUGGCUUCAGUUCUGGCUGGAGUUGACACCGGCAGAGGCAGUUUGGUUAGUUAUUCAUGCGGGCUGCAUGGAUGGAUGGCGUUUUUUUCUUUGUUCCACUCACCACAGGGCACUGUCUUCCCAGCUGAAGGCCACAAUGCAGGCUGCAUCCCGCCCGCCCCCCUCCCGUUCCGGCCCUGCCACGCCCUUCCUCGUUUCUGCAGAGAGCGUGCUGAGUGCAUCACAUGGAACAGGCAGCAGCUGUAUAUAGAAUGUGCACACACACUUAUCAGCUACUGGAGCUUUGGUUGACACGUGCUUGUUUUCCUUAAACUAACGGAGGAAUUAUUUGUUUGUGUGCCUGGGUGCGUGCGUGCAUAAAAGUGCGCGGCGCGGAGAGGGGAGCGCAGGAGAAGGAGGGAGCGGCUGAAUACGCAGGCAUUUCCACAGCAAAGCCCGUCUGGAGCAGCAUCCCGGCGCUCUGCUGCUGCACUCUGAACGUGCGUCGAAAGCUAAACAGCCGCGGAGUGCUAAAAAUAGAGCCGGUGCUCUCUGAUCCGAGCUCUGCGCCCUCAACAGACGCCCAGAAAGAAACCAAGCCGCUCCUUCUUCUCCUCGCCUCUCCCAUUUUCUCCUCCUAUUCUUUCUUUUUUAAAGUAUACAAUCUAGAUUGUGCCCGAAUGUGUUUGAGUCCAGCUCAAGAAAAAUCCCCCCUGAGAGCGCUCCAUUAACCCCCUCCUCCAUUUUUUUAUUAGUAUGGAGGCACCAAACCGAACAUAGGCCUAUCAGAUUAUGUAACCUUACUGUACAUAUAUCCCUCUUUCACUUUCCGCAAGGUGAUUGCUUUUGACUUUAUGAAUGUGGAGAAUGCGGUAAGAUUUAGGAAACCCCUCAAAACUAAAGAAAUCUUAUGGGAGAAAUUAACUAGAAGUUAGGCCCGGAUAGCAAAAUAAUAGAAAUAAUUUGUGUCUGGAAAUUAUUAGAGCGUUUUUGCUCCACACCAACCCCAUAAUGUCAGAUCUGCAUGCUAGACUCCACUCUAAUUUGCAUGCAACAAGCACAGAUCUCGUUUUUUCUCCCGGAGUUCAGUGUGUUAGGUCACCUAGGCCACUGCGGUGGAUGUGCCACGGUUUCCUAAUGUCAUCGUGACCCUAAUAAUUUUUUUUUGUACUACGUACCACAGUGUACCUCACAUGUAUUGCAUUUUAAGAGCUACAAUCAUCACUCGAAGGUCACAAAAGUGGCACUCUUUUUGGAAAAUGUGGAAUUUUUUGUAGUAUUUUUGCUGUACAGUGAAGAUAAGUUCCGAGGCGCUCUUACGGCUUCGCUUCGAUUGUGCUCAAGUCACAUUAGCUGCUCUGAGUUAGUUGUCGAUGAUCUUUUUCGGUCUCCGAAAACAUGUAUGCUGAUUCCUUACUCCUUCAGACCAUGUCAGCAAUAACUAGCCUAUGAAUGGUAGUUAUUUUUUAGAUGUGAAGCAAUACUCAGACAGCAAUAACAUCCACGUCCCACCGUGACUUCUUCCUGAAGAGUGAAGUACCACAAUGGCCACUCGGGUGGGGGUGUGUUGUAGAGGACAGGCUCAGUGAGCUACAAGUGAUGCUUCAGUGAAACAUCUUCAAAUAGGUGGUAGGAUAAUCACUCCUAAGCUGGAGAAAGAAAGGGAAAAAAAUAGCGGACGAGAUCAAAUGACUCAUUCAUCACGGUGAUGCCACUGCCUCAUCAUUCCUCAGUGUUUUUUCCAAACCCCAAAUCGAGCUUUCUGAUCAUUUGUCACACGGGGAUGAAAUUGUGAACUGUUUUCUGUUGCCUCUGCCUUUCCUGUGAGCAUACGAACUGUCCUGAGUGUCGUAACCUGAAAUAUCAGUGCGUGAUUUGGGACUGUGUUUUUUCGUGCAUCUUGUAUGAGUUGCAUGGCCUCUGGGUGUGUGCAUGUGUGUGUCCGUGCGCGUGUUUGUGAUCCAGCAGCUCAGCAGACCAUAAUCUGUCUCCUUGUGUCGUCAGGGGAGGGGUAAUAAUACAGGUGUGAGGAAUACCGAGUCCUGCUCGUCCCCCCUGACCUUAGAGGAUAAUGCUGCCAGUCUUCCUGUCGAUUCUGAAAAGUGGCCUCGUUCCGUGUCUGUAGAGCUUCUUGGAGGGAGGUAGGACUAGGAGGUGGGCGUGGGCGCUCCAGCACUUCAAGCCAAAGUGAAAGGAACUCUGAAUGAACUUCGAUCCUAGUCCUGCCGUGUGUUCUCCGUCUCCUCAAUCACUAAUAGUAUACUCUACUUAAAAAUCAAUCUAGUCUGGUUGAGGCAGGUGUCCGUUAAGUGACCUCUGAAUGAUCCUAUGAGCUAAAAACUGCUACUUCCAAACGUAAACACUGCUUCUUCUUUUCCUUCCUUGCUGUCUCGCCGCUCAGUGAGUGCGAUCGAGACGUUUGGAGAGCUUUGAGUUGUGCAAAAUAAGAAAAAAACAAACCUGGAGACCAGCAAGGAAAGUUGAAGAGCAGCAGUUGUGAAUAUUGGAACGUAGCCCGUGUAUGUGAACCUGUGCACAGUGUCAGACUGAACCCUGUAGUUAUUCGAUGAGCACCAACAGGUCAGACUGGCACAUCACAAACCAUCACAAACUCUUAUUACUUUACCUUUGGAGAAAAGUCUAUUUUGUUAUAUUCAUUGAAAAGUUCUAUUUUUUUCCACUUUAGUCUGGCCUGAAUUCUUUCAGAUUCUGAUGUUGUACGAUAUAACCGCGCUGUAAAGCCUUUUUCUGAAUGUAGUAUUUAUCAAAUUGUUUAACUGAGAUCCCCUCCUCUUGACUGUGUUUGUUUCUGUAAAUAAGGCAUGCUGAAGAGGAGGGACUUUAUACCACCGUGCAUGGUGCUACCAAAGCCAGUCAAACUAGAGGAUGAGUUGGGGUGCACCAUUUUUCGAAUGACAUUUCUCCACCUUGGCUGUUAAUGUAGACAUUGUUCCCUUAGACUUCACUUUCCUCGCUUCGAUAUGCACCAGUUUGUAAAGCCUGGCUAAUGGACGAUGGAGACGAUUUGGCUCAACAGAUGGGGGAUGUUUGAGGGGAAAAAAUGGUACAUGACUUUCUCUGAUUGGUGAAUGUGAAUCUCUUGUGCAGCCAACAGUAUUGUUGAGAUUUUUGUUGUUGAGCGGGUGUGAACAAGGGCUUUGUAUCCACGAAAAGAUAAAAGACUGUGAUGUUGGAUGUAAUACUUCUAUGUAGACACACCUGUUAAUCUACUGAAUGGUUUCGCACUGUCACCGUACACAAGGUUGUGCGCAAAGCAGCUGGGUUUUUGGGGGUGGGGAAACGCUGCCAGCGACAGGCUGUUUGUUCAGCAGAAAGAGGAGGUUUCUGAUGGUUACUAAUAGAGCUAAAUAUCAAAACACUGAAAAGCCUGUGAAUGUGUGUGUGUUAUGGGGCGAGGGUUGAAGAACGGGUGGGGGGGGUGACGCCACAGUAACAGCAUCUUGUGUAGACGUAUGCAUAGUUUUCAGUGUGAAAUGCACUUUAUUUUUUGGAUGAAAAUGGCACAACAAAUUAAGUAUCUGCAAAAUGAAACGUAUAAAUGAUAAUCAACAUGCACUAACUUAACUGAGAUAUUGUAAAAACAUUUGUGUGACCGUGGUGUCUAUUUUUCCAAGGUGUUAGUCGUACUUUUUAUUGCUUUGGUUAGUUCACUCGAUUGAGAGAUCUCUUGUUAAUUUUGUAUUAAAAACAAACAUGUGCUGUGCAUUAAA